CUAAGAAAAGAUAAAGAGUAAGUUAUACUGAAAUUUAAUUUAAUUUGUGUUGAAGGAAAAAGGCAUAAGUCAAUUGAUUGCAAAUACAAUUUGAUUAAAAAGAUUGAUGAUAAUACUUUACAUAUCGAUAAAAAUAUGUUUUUUAAGAACGGCAAAGUGCAUAGUCAUUCCAGAGAUAAUAAAAGUGAUUUUCUGACGUUCAUAUCUACGCACAAUCAAUGUUAUUAAUUGCUUCGUAGUGCAUCUACAGCAGCCAGUCGAACAAUUUCUCGCGUUGCAUGUGCGUCUCUUUCUAAAUAAUUUACUAAAUUAACAAUUUCUAAUUAAACAGAAGCUUGACGACAGUUAGAAAAACAAAUGCAGUGAUGUAAUUAACAAUAUUACCUUUGUCUUUUACUGUUAUUAACAUUACUGAAACAAUCAAGAGUGUGGAAAUUGUUUCCACCAAAAGGAAACAAAAAUUAUCGACAAUCAGAAACUGUAAUAAAGAACGUUGUGUUCGUGUAUAAUUUCCGAAGAUUCCUUCAAUAAUGGAGCCGUCUACAUUACUGCUGACUAUUCUAAUAGCGAGUAUUUGCUAUUUUAUCCUAAAUAAAUUACUUUACUUUGAACGACGGAAAAUCCCACAUGUGCAAUCGAUACCAAUAUUGGGCAACAUGGCGCCUUUCAUUUUAGGACGUGACUCUCCAACAGAGAUUCUACAAAAAUUAUACAAUCGCUUUUCAAACGCAAAAUAUUUCGGCCUUUACGAUUUUACAAGGCCCACCAUCGUUAUCCGUGAUCCGGAGCUAAUUUCAAUGAUCACCAUCAAACAUUUUGACAACUUCUGCGAUCAUUAUGGCUUCGUGAAUGAAACUCUCGACCCGAUAGCCAGUAGAAAUUUGUUCAACUUGCAAGGAGACCAUUGGCGCGAGAUGCGAAAGCUUCUUAGCCCGAGUUUUACAUCCAGCAAAAUGAAAGCGAUGUUUGGACUUAUGAGUCAGUGCGCCGAAAACUUUACCAAUUUUGUGACAGCGGAAUCUGGCAAAUCUGGCAAGACAUAUGAUAUGAAAGACCUACUUUGUAGAUACGCCAACGAUACGGUGGCCACGUGCGCUUUCGGUAUCAGUGUGGAUUCUUUUAAGCACCCGAAAAACGAAUUCUACAUGCUUGGAAGAAAAGCAAUGAAUUUUGGAGGGCCCUGGCUGACUUUCGCGUUUUUCAUGAAUAGAAAUUUUCCGCUACUUUCGAAACUCUUUAACGUAAAAAUGUUUGGUCCAAAGAUAGAGAAUUUCUUUAAAAAUAUUGUUACCGACACUGUGAAAACCAGAGAUGAGCAGAAAAUUGUUCGCCCGGACAUGAUUCAAUUGAUGAUGGAGACCAGGAACAAAAAUAGCGGACCCGAAUUCGACAUCAACGAGAUGACUGCCCAGGCGUUCGUUUUCUUCCUAGCCGGAUUCGAUGCUGUAUCAAACGCUAUGUGUUUCGUGGCGCACGAAAUUGGUGUCAAUCCUGAUGUUCAGAAAAAACUGAGAGAGGAAAUUGAUGACGUCCUCAGACAGACCAAUGGAAAACCUACGUAUGAAGCUAUUAAUCACAUGAAGUAUUUGGAUGCUGUGGUAAACGAAUCUCUUAGACUGUAUCCAGGAGCAGCUUUCCUUGACAGACAAUGCGUCAAAGAAACCGAAUUGCCACCAGCAACUCCGGAUGGCGAAUCAAUCACUGUAAAGCCGGGAGACAGCAUAUGGUUCUCGAGUUUUGCUCUGCAUCGUGAUCCAAAGUACUAUCCGCAUCCAGACAAGUUUGAUCCAGAAAGAUUCCUUAACGGCAGUGUGGACAACUCGGUUUACAUGCCGUUUGGCAUCGGGCCCAGAAUCUGCAUUGCUAAUAGGUUCGCCCUAAUGGAAAUAAAAGUCAUGGUUUUCUAUCUACUUUGGCAUUGCGAUCUUGAACCCGACGUCAAAACCAGUGUUCCUAUGGUGUUUCACAAGAGAACAUUUGCUCUGGUACCAAAGAGAGGUUUCUGGUUGAAGUUACGUGCGAGAAAUUUAAAAGCUCCUGUUACAAAUUAAUGUUUAUCUAACGGACACAAAAUGAUGAACAGUAAUGUAGUAUAUUUAUAAUGUAUUUCAAAUGUGGAAUUUUAUACUUAAAGUUAAUUUUUUAAAAUUUAUUUAUACAAGUCCAGCUUUUUCCUUAAUUGAAUAAAAGAAAAAUUAAAAUAAAAAUUUUAGAGAAGCUAUUUUUUAAAUAUGUAUCGUUACAUUUAAAAAAAGCGAAAUUAUUCAAAAUUUAUUUACGUUAAGAAUGUACUUAUAAAAUACAGUAAUUGUAAUAUUGUUAAUAUAAAUUUAUAUAAAUUACGUAUAUUUUUGUUUUCUAUUAUAUGUACAUUCUACAUUUCAUAGAGUAAUCGUUAUUUUAAAAGAGUGAAAAUUGAGCUUGUACAAUUUUUUGAAUAAUUUUUACUUUACGAAGUUUAGAGAGUAAGGUAAAUUUAAUAAGUAAUAAUGGAUGUCGAUGACGUCAAUUAUGUUUUAUUAUAUUAAUUUUAUUAUAUUAAUUUUACGAGUUAUAUUUCUAGAUAUACAAUUUUAGUUUGAAUUCUUGAAUUAAAUAAUGUUAUCUAAAAUUUUUUUUAAUGUAAUUUAAUUCAAAAAUUUAUAUUGUAAUUCAUAUUGAUAUUGAAUGGUUCUUCUGAUUAAAUUUCAAUCUAAGUAUAUCAAGAAAUGUUAUAAACAGCUUAACAUUUAGUAUAUUUAACUUUACAAAUAGUUAUAUGUAUGUAAAAAUGUUUAGAAAAAUCGGUCAAUUAAAUUUAUAAAUUAUUAACUGCAAAAUUUGAAAGUGAUUAUCUCUAACCUAUUUUUUUAUUAUUUACUUAAAAAGUCAUUUAAUUAUAAUUCUAAAAUAUUAUAUUUUUCAUAAAUAAAUUUAGGAAAUGGACAAGUAAAAGUGAUACGAUCAAAUUUAAGUUUCGCAUUUGGUUAUUGUUAAAUUUAAUCAGCCGAUGAAGUCAAUCAGCGAUAAGACCGGCUCUAGAGCAAAAAAGCAAACAUGUCUCGCUAAAUGCAUGCAUAAAACUACAAAAAUAAUUAUUACAUGUUUGAAUUUUGAGCAUAUAAUUUUAAUAUAGUUAAGGUUAAAUAUAGAUAAAUUUAUCAUAUGAGAGAUGGAACUAUCUAACAAUUUUGCUAUUGUAUUCAGUGUUAUUGUAUUCAGUGAUAGCACAGAUCUUGUUUGAUUUCUGCUAACAAUAUAUCGUAAUACUGCGUUGCACAAUUUCUACCGUUAGAUUUUGACAGUAUAAUCUAUUUAAAUUUUGCUGCCAAUCUACUGGCAUGGAACGACACUUGUUAAAUUUUUAGCAGCAGUUUGCUAACAUCGUCAGAUAUUACAAAGUCUGUGUGAAGUUGGUUGCCAGUCUGAAAUCAAAAAUUUAUUACAGACUCUGCAGCAGAAUUUGUUUCUUUAGAUUUGCUUACCAAGAUUCAUUCAUAAUUAUCAUUCUUCAUUCACAUGUACAUAAUUAAGAUAUGUAUAACACUAAUAAAGUAUUCACAUAUUCUCCAAGAAAAA